AUGUCGCUUGAUCCGCAGUCGCAGGCCCGCGCUGCCUCGCCUUCCAGCUCCGGCCGCCAAUCGCCCGCUGUCCGCUCGCCUCGACGCCCACUCGAGGACGCUCCCGUCAAGAAGGACAAGGCCUUCCGCCGCUACGAGUCCAACGUUGAGCGCGCCCUCGCUCUGUUCGACACCCCACAGCAAGAAUGGGCUGACUACAUUUCCUUUCUGGGGAGGCUGCUGAAGGCCAUCCAAACACACCCCCAAGAUGUGCCCUACGUUCCGCACAGCGCCACCAUCGCAACCCGCCUAGCCCAAUGCCUGAAUCCUUCGUUACCCUCCGGCGUACACCAGAAGGCCCUCGAGGUUUAUGCCUACAUUUUCUCCAUUCUCAAGAAACCUUCCCUUGCCCGAAACCUCCACGUCUAUUUCCCCGGUCUCGCAUCCGUCCUAUCCUUUGCCUCGCUCUCCGUCCGACCUGCCUUUCUCUCCCUCAUCGAGACCUACGUCCUCGCCGUCGACGCGCAGGCGCUAAGACCGGCCCUCAAAUCUAUAAUACUGUGUCUUCUGCCCGGCUUGGAAGAUGAGACCGCCGAGGACUUUGAGCGCAUCCUGCAGAUCGUGGAUAAGCUGAGGUUUACAAUAAGUGGAGAUGAAGGUCGCAAGAAUGACGGUGCGGGCGACGCCCAGGAUUCCUACUUCUGGCAAUGCUUUUUCUUGGCUACCAUUACCAACGCUCCCCGUCGCCAAGGAGCCCUCGCAUACCUGGUUCGAAGACUGCCGAAGUUUGGAACAAAACAGAGGCGGGGCUCUGUGGCCACCGUGGAUGGAGAUGAUGUGCCGGCCGAGGCACUGUCUCUGGCUGCGGAAGCUGCAAUUGCACCUGAGCCGGGAUUGCUGAUCAGGUGCUUUGCUGCGGGUCUUGCCGACAGUCAAUUGUUGACUCAAAGAGGAUACUUGGAUCUCCUGGUUAACUCAUUGCCUUUGCAUUCUGAGGUCCUCCAAGUACGCAUCGAUGGCAAGGAUCUAGAAAGAUUAGUCUCAGCCGCUGCCGGAGUUGUCACAAGAAGGGAUAUGAGUCUGAACAGAAGACUGUGGUCAUGGUUUCUUGGGCCUGACCCUGGUACAGAUGCAGACGGAGCAGAUGGACCGGCAGACCCCAAGAGCCCUGUCGUAGACGUCAACUCACAUCACGCCGCUUACUUUGCAAGAUACGGCUUGCAGGCUCUCACGAACGGUAUCAUGACAAUGAUCAACAGUCGCGACCAAUCGCCUGCAGCACGUGCAAAGCCUUUCCGAGUCUGUCUUUCCCUCAUGGAUCGCUGGGAGGUAGGCGGGCUCCUUGUCCCGUCUGUGUUCCUACCAUUGCUCGAAAGCGCUCGACGCUACGGUGAAUCCACAAGCAAGGACAACUUCGAAGAAGUCCUGCGUAGUGCCAGUAUCUUCUUCGAUGGCGUGGAGAGUGGACUCAUCUGGGGCAAAUUGUUCGAGCUCCUGGACGAAGCCAUGUCAGGAGGUACCAAGUCUCAGGACGAGAUCUUGCAGAAGUUGAAGCUCGCCAAAUUCAUCAUCACUCGUUUCAACAUCCGGGAGGAAGAGAUGUUACUUCACCAUAUUCCUUUGGUAGCGUGUGCUACACUCAAAAUGCUCAACGGCACUCCACCUUCAGCCAACGGUCAAAAUGAGACGGAACAUUCCAUCUUGACAACAAAACUGGACAUUGCGGACAUUCUGGUCCAGAGUAUACCUGACCGCGCACUCGCUGACAAGGGUUCUGCAAAUGGGACGGAGGCGAAGGGCACGCCCACCACUGAACUUGUGCGAGCAUUCUAUAACGAGCAACAAGGCAAUCUCGAAACGAACGGUGCUCCUUGCUCGCCGGUCCAGCUGAGGGACUCUUUAUUGCAAGACACGGUAGCAUUUUUCAUCCACUCUCUUCGCGCCAGCAAGUCAGACAUCAUGAAAGAAACCAGCACAAAGCUGCUCUCUGGCAUCUUAACAAAGGUCUCUGAUACAAGUGUUGUCAGCAGCAUCGAUCUGUUGACGGCAUUUGAAGAGUCUAUCAAAGUGGAAAAGCCCCGUGGUUCUGAGCCCUCUAUACCCUUCUCUUCCAUCAUUGCGGUUACAACAAUAAUGACGGCAUUCCAACCUAGCAACGUCUCACCCGGCUUCUUCCCAGCAGAGCGUAUGCCAGAUCUUGUGAAUUCCUUGGUGGUGUCGAUAUGGUACUAUCUAUCCCCGUUCCGACCGAAGUACCACGUCGAGGCAGUCAGGUGCUUAUGGCAGCUCCAGGCCAUGACUGCAUCAGAUCAUCUCGUUGAAGCUGCCGUGACUUCAUUGAUGACUCAGGCAACGAGAAGUACCACCAAGUCUGGUUCAACAGAUGCGGCGGAUGCUGGUCGCCGCUUGGCAGUACUUUGGACCCACACGAUUCACGAACAGAACCAACAAGCACAGAAACCCAGCAGGCUUUCCAGACGAGUAAGCGGAUUACCCGUUCUGACCGGCCUCAAUACCCUGGUAGGCGGCUACCAAUCAGUUUUGACUCGACCGCUCUUCUUGCUCCUGGACGCUCUGGCAGAUGAAGGCACCGAGCUCUUCUUCUACGUCCGGACCUGGCUUCAGGACCUCCCCAGCUUAAAUCGUGUUUUCGAUAUAAUAAUGUCUCACCUUCAGACCCUCCACUGCAUCAAAUACCAAUCUACGAAUCAGCUGGAGGCGUCAGCCGCUCGACCACCUGUCUUGAUAGACGACUCGAAAGAGUGUCUGUAUCACAUGCAGCAGCUGCUUAACAUCUUCCGGUGGUCCUCCGACCAUACUUGGGUCGUCCUCUCCAAAGACUACGUCCCAGUCGUAGAUCCAUCUGCGAACGAAGAGCAGGACGUUACGUUGCAGAAUCUGCUAGUCCGCAUCUGCAUGCGCGCGCUUUCAGUUUCAAGCUUGGCAAAAUCCACCGGAUCAGAACCGCAUAUUGAUGCUCUGUACCGAACAACUAUCACAACCAUCCGUGCUAUCUUACUAAACCCUUAUUCUCUGCCGCUCAAAGAUCUUGAGCUGGAAUCGUUCCUCAUGGCCCGCCUUCAAUCUGCCAGCCCGUCAUUGCAGUCACUACUGCUCGAAGCCACGCUGGCUGCCCUUCAACUCCGUUUGCGCGCUGCGGUACCGACAUCCCCUGUGGAACAAAGGAUGUCCCGGGACCGUACUGAAAGCAUCCGGGAGUCAGUUGAGAGGGUUGCGGAGGAAGAAACUACUCCUAUCAUCGCUCCGCCACCUCAGUUGGUCGAGUGUCUCAGAAGUGGGUUCUCGUCUCCCUCAAGCCGACUGGUUCUGGAUGACUGGGUCAAGUUUCUGAUCGAAGUCUUACCGCUUUUUGCGGACACAAUCUUCCAAAACUUGCUUCCUUUGGUCGAGUGUCUGUGCAAGCAAAUUCAAAUGACAUUCGGUCAGCUUAAGUCAACAUUCACCGAGUCCAUCCACCCGAAUUCGAUCUCACCGGAGUCCACGCUGAUUGCACUGAUGAACGGGUUGGAGCAGAUCUUGGCAAAUGCUCACCAGAGACUCGUUCUGCAGGAAAUGAAGGUCACCACAGUGAAAACGCCCGAGCAACCUCAGGGCUUCUUUGGCAACAUGGUUUCCGGUGUCUUCGCCAAUGAACCCAACCAAUCUAGAGCAGUCACCGCGAACAGCAGGCUCACUGUCCUUCUUUGCUUCCAGGAUACUGUGCGUAUCUGCUUCGGAAUCUGGUCCUGGGGAGGCUAUGGCCAGUCCAAGAAUGAUCACACAUCUCUUGCAUCGUUCGGAUAUACAUCGCUCCGGAUGAGAAACAGAGCCCGACGUAUCCUUGAGCACUUGUUCACGGCGGAAACGUUAGAGUGCUUGGAGACGUUGGCUGUUGUCUGGUGCCGGUCUCCUCCAGCAAGUCAAGAAGCGAAUGCCGUCAUGAGCCUUCUCAAUGUGCUCAACGGAUCAAGCCCCAAGCACACCACUCCUGCGAUAUUCAAUGCCGUCUACAGCAGAACGAAUCCCAACGCUCUGGAUCCGCACCGAAUGUCGACCUUGACUUCAGACCUUGCCGAUACCGAUUUGGUCGCGUUCUUGGUAGACUACACAAAGUCACUCGAGGACGAUGCUAUGGACGAGAUCUGGCCGGACUGCUUGACAUUCCUGAGAGACGUUCUGGCCAACCCUAUGCCGCAUCGUCAAAUUUUACCCGCGUUGCUGGAGUUCACUUCUACACUUGCGGAGAAGGUCGACAACACAAACUUUGGCGAGCAGCGUCGCAUGCGCCGCGACCUUGGGGAUCUGUUCAUGCGUCUGUUGACGGCUACCUUCACAACUCGUCCAAUGGGGUACUUCCAGGAUACUUCUUCAGCGUCUAUUGACAAGAUUCCUGAGGAGAAUGGCAACUCUGCUACCAGGUCCUCAGAUAUUGUCACCGUUUUGGUGUCGAUACUUCCUAAGCUUCCUCUCAUUCUCGUGGACAACGACAGGAUUGCGAAUGCGGCUACGUCCAUCAGCACCAAUGUCAUUGGCCCGGCGUUCCGGGCAAAGGCUUUCCCUGAGACUGUCUCGCCUCUCUUGCUGGACCUCAUUUACGAGUUGACACGCACUUCUUCGCUUCCGGCUGCCACCAAGGCUUGGAAACGUGAUAUCGAGGCUGCAUUCAAUGACAGCAAGUUCUUCGCCACCGAAACAAAGCUUGCACUGGAGAAGUGGCUGCCCGUUCUCCGUAUGUGGAGCCAGAACGACAAGGACCGCAUGCCUGAGCUGCUCUCCCGCCUCAGUGCUCCGACCACAGCAGGAAUCAUGUUCGGUGUGGGCGCAACGAGCGCAAGACUUGAGGCAGACCGCAAGACUCAACUGAAUCUGCGCAGGAUGACCAUCCUCAUCCUCGCCAACCCCGAAGACACAUACACAACCAAUUUGGGCAGUAUUCUGGAGAAGCUCACUGAGCUACUCACUGCAACGCCCGCGUCGUCCCCCUCAUCGGCCACACGCGCCGACAUCUUCCUCCUCCUACGUGCCAUCGUCCUGCGCAUCUCGCCAGUCCACCUCGCGCCCGUCUGGCCCGUCAUCACGUCCGAGCUCACCAACGCCAUCGCCUCGGUCCUGCCAGACGACAAGGAGCAGCACGAGCGCUACAACAACCUGUCGGUCCUCCAGGCCUGCAAGCUGCUCGACACGCUCGUCACCAUCUCCCACGACGACUUCCAGCUGCACGAGUGGCUCUUCCUCACCGACACUAUCGACGCCGUCUACCGCCCCGACCUCGACUGGCGGCCCGUCGCCCUCGUCGACGAGGUCGCAGAGGCCUUGCAGGAGCGCCAGGCCGCCGCUGCCGCGACUGCAGCCUCCUCCUCUGAUGACCCUGCCUCUGCCGGUGGCGCUUCGGAAGACGCUAGCUUGCUCAGCCCGACGACGACGGUUGGGGGUAGGGCGUCUGGCGGUGGUGCGCUCGCGGAUAGCGGUGAUGAUGGCAAUAAGCGUCGCUCCCUACUGCAACCUGUCCUGCGUGCUGCGCAGGAAGCGGGCGUGUUUGGCGACAGCGCGGAUGCGAAGGCGAUGGGGAAGAUGGAGUUCGUGCUCAGGGUUGUCAGGCCGUUUUUGGGCCAGCUGAGUAUCUUGGCGUUUGAGGAGACGUAUAGGAUGGGGUGGGUGGAUGUGGCCGAGGUGGAGGGCGCGGUUGUGGUGGAUGCGUUUGAUGAGGGGGGGAUUGUGUGA